AUGUCUUCCUCCGCCGUGGUCCAAAGUGACGACCUCGACAUGGAUCCCACGCUCCAGUCGAUCAUCGACCAGAAAACCCUUCGCUGGAUCUUCGUCGGUGGUAAAGGUGGUGUGGGUAAGACCACAACCUCCUGCUCGCUCGCCAUCCAACUCGCCAAAGCCCGCAAAUCCGUGCUCCUGAUCUCCACCGAUCCCGCCCACAACCUGAGCGAUGCCUUUGGCCAGAAAUUCGGAAAGGAGGCCCGUCUCAUUGACGGAUAUGACAAUCUCAGCGCCAUGGAGAUCGACCCCAACGGCAGCAUCCAGGAUCUCCUGGCCAACGGGGACGGACAGGAUGAUAUGGGCGGAAUGGGCAUGGGAAACAUGAUGCAGGAUCUUGCGUUCAGCAUCCCCGGAGUUGAUGAAGCCAUGUCCUUCGCCGAAGUCCUGAAGCAGGUCAAGUCGCUUUCUUACGAGGUUAUUGUGUUCGAUACUGCGCCUACCGGCCACACGCUGCGCUUCCUGCAGUUCCCAACUGUUCUUGAGAAGGCGCUGGCGAAGCUGUCCCAGCUCUCGUCGCAGUUCGGGCCCAUGCUCAAUUCGAUUCUGGGCGCGCGGGGCGGUUUGCCCGGUGGACAGAACAUGGACGAGCUGUUACAGAAGAUGGAGUCGCUGCGGGAGACCAUCAGCGAGGUCAACACGCAGUUCAAGAACGCGGAUAUGACCACCUUUGUCUGUGUGUGUAUUGCGGAGUUCUUGUCGCUUUACGAGACCGAGCGGAUGAUUCAGGAGUUGACUAGCUACGGCAUUGAUACCCAUUCGAUUGUUGUGAACCAGUUGCUUUUCCCCAAGGAGGGCAGUGGCUGCGACCAGUGUACCGCGCGGAGGAAGAUGCAGAAGAAGUACCUGGAGCAGAUCGAGGAGUUGUAUGAGGACUUUAACGUGGUUCGCAUGCCGCUAUUGGUGGAGGAGGUCCGCGGAAAGGAUAAGCUGGAGAAGUUCAGCGACAUGCUUAUCCACCCCUAUAUCCCGCCGCAGUAA